CCGCCUCGCUCGCUGCCGGCUGCGGGACCCCUGCUGCGCCUCACGGGGCCAUCCAGCCCCUCGCGGCUUAACCCGGAGGAGAGAGAGCAGGGCGGGAAGGCGGUGACAGGGCCACGUUCGGCAUCGCCCCCCGCGUCUUUUGGAGGGGGGGCAGUGGCGGCGCGGAGCGCAGGCGGGCGGGGCGUGUGGGGCCGGCGGCGGCUGCGUGGGCGUCCCUGCUGCGGGGCCGUCCCCGCCUGGGGAGCAGCGAGGCGGGGAGGGGAGGGAGCGGAGGAAAAAAAGGAAGGAGGGAAGGAAGAAGUUGUCCCUGCUGCAGGAGGAGGUAGUGGCGGCGUCGGUGCUGCUGCUGCUGCAGCUGCGGGCAAAGCCUCCCCCUCCCGCCGAGCCGGGCCGGGCGGGGCUGGCUCCGCAGCCGAGAUGUCUCAGGAGCGGCCCAAGUUCUACCGGCAGGAGCUGAACAAGACGGUGUGGGAGGUGCCCGAGCGCUACCAGAACCUCUCCCCGGUCGGCUCCGGGGCCUACGGCUCCGUCUGCUCUGCCUUUGACACAAAAACUGGGUUGCGUGUGGCUGUGAAGAAGCUGUCCCGCCCAUUUCAGUCCAUCAUCCAUGCCAAAAGGACCUACCGAGAGCUGCGGUUGCUUAAGCACAUGAAACACGAAAACGUGAUUGGCUUGUUGGAUGUGUUCACCCCUGCCAAGUCACUAGAAGAAUUCAAUGAUGUGUACUUGGUGACACACCUUAUGGGAGCAGACCUGAACAACAUUGUGAAAUGCCAGAAGCUCACCGAUGACCAUGUGCAGUUUCUCAUAUACCAGAUUCUUCGGGGACUGAAGUACAUCCAUUCAGCUGACAUAAUACACAGGGAUUUAAAACCUAGUAACCUAGCUGUUAAUGAAGACUGUGAGCUAAAGAUCCUGGAUUUUGGCUUGGCCCGACACACAGACGAUGAGAUGACGGGUUAUGUGGCUACCCGGUGGUACAGGGCCCCUGAAAUCAUGCUGAACUGGAUGCAUUACAACCAGACAGUUGAUAUUUGGUCAGUGGGAUGCAUUAUGGCUGAACUGUUGACUGGAAGAACAUUGUUCCCUGGUACAGACCAUAUUGAUCAGUUGAAGCUCAUUUUGAGACUCGUUGGAACCCCAGGGCCUGAGCUUUUGAAGAAAAUCUCCUCAGAGUCUGCAAGAAACUACAUUCAGUCUUUGUCUUACAUGCCGAAAAUGAACUUUGAAAAUGUGUUUAUUGGUGCCAAUCCCCUGGCUGUGGACUUGCUAGAGAAAAUGCUGGUACUGGAUACGGACAAACGCAUUACUGCAGCAGAAGCACUGGCCCACGCCUACUUUGCUCAGUAUCAUGAUCCAGAUGAUGAACCAGUGGCUGACCCCUAUGACCAGUCUUUUGAAAGCAGAGAACUUGAGAUUGAAGAAUGGAAAAGCCUGACUUACGAUGAAGUAAUCAGCUUUGUGCCACCACCGCUUGACCAAGAGGAGAUGGAGUCCUGAGAAACUGCUCUCUUCUGUCUGUCCCACUUCACUGUGAAGGGAAGGCCUUUUUGUAGGGACUCUCCAAUUAUCGUUCAAGUGCCUCAUCACAACAAUAUUCUCCUUGGUGGAAGGGUUUUGUGUGUGUUGAAUUGGGGAGGGAGGGGGGAGGGAGGAAAGCUGAGUCCAUGUAAACAUGCUGCAUGCUCUCUUGUAUUCUGUGUACAGCCUGGGGCAAGCCUCUGGAGACCUGUUCUGACUGCACUUAGUUCUUCCAGAGUAACAGUGCACCACCAUUUUGCACUGCUGGGGCAAGAUGGGGAAGCUGACAUUUAAAGGUUUGGUUACAAUCAUUGCCAUUUAUCAAUUCUCCUACAACUAAGUAACCUCAAAAUAAUGAAAGUUGGUUUAUAGGCUUAGAGAGUCCUCUGUUUUCUUCAGGAGUGAAGGUGGGGUUAAGGAACAUCCUUGUUCAGUACCAGGUGUCUGAUUUAUAUCCAGAUCUUCCUGGUACAGCAGAAUGUAGAGGCCUUCCAACGCCUGAUCCUUGGAACAUGAAAAGAUGUUGUUUUGAAACUGUAAAUAUGUUUGUGCCUUAAAUGAAUGGGAAGAGAGGGGAAAGGAAAUCUCUGACCCACUGUUUUUGAGGGUGAAGGCUCCCACAUAGCCAGGCAUGAACUCAAUGUAAUCAGGAAAUAACUUUCUGAGGCAACAGCCUCAACCCCUGGAUUGGGUAUUCCUGUGUUUUUCCCUUUUCUCCUCCUCUUGUUCUGAGGCUUCCUAGCAUUAGCUCCUAAGAGACAGAGGUUGGAGAAGAUUCUUGCUAGCCACACAUUUGUGUAUUCUGUUUCUUAGAAGGUGAUGUGUUUUGCAUGUUGUAGCUGAAUGUGCAUGUAGAGCUGCUUGAUUUUUGUCCUUAUUUUUUGGGGAUGGCACUGGGGCAGUUAAAUCAUCAGUGAAAUGUUUACUGAGUACCUCAGCUGGUGCUGUGAAAUCACAGCACCCUUCCUCCUUUGCUGCAGCUCAUUGGGAAAUACCUGCCAUUCAACAAGGAAAGGAGAUUAUAUAUGGCAUAUGGAAAUGUGCCCCUUUUUCCUUGUUCUGACCUUCUGUUUGCAGAGAAGGAGAGCUUGGGCUGGAGAGUUUUUUGUGAGAUCAAGUGUAAAAAAUGUUCUUUAGAGAAACAUGGUAUCUUGUGCCAGAACUUAUUUCCUGAAAAGAAUUUUUUUAGAAGUAUUGGAAUCCAAAGCAAAGAAAUAAGCAUGCAUAAACACACAAUCACCCUUUCACUGUCUAUAUCUAUAAAUAUAAAUAUUUAUAUAUAUAAAACUAACAUUAACCAGAAGGGUUUUUUUACCCUCUCAGAUAAGAGCUUCUUGGCUGUUUUUUAGCAGUUUGAUCUCUGCCCAAGGAAACGUGAGAAGAGAGUAUGUUUGAAUACAAACAGGGUUCAAAUAUUUUGUAUUUUACAGGACUCUGCAGGAGUAAAAUACCCAGUUAGGGACUGGCAGGAGGGAGGUUUCUCAGCACGCUCAUGUGCUAGAACUGUAGCUGGGGAGUUCAGGAGCCCAAUCUUAGGGCUUCUGGAGGAGACAUUUUUAGACAUUAAUUUGUUGCAGGCAUCUUGUGUGGGCAACUCAUCACAUCACUAUGUAUGUGAGGAGAAAGGCUUUCGAAGUAUUUUGUAUUCUUGUUACCUGUGGGGCAGAGAGGAACCAUUUGUAGUGUUUUUACCCUGUUUGAAGAGGCAGCACAAAGGGAUGGGACAUGAAUGACAAAGCCAUCGAUUCUUUCUAGGCUACUUCCCAGUGAUCUCUUCAGGCUAAAUAUUUAAUAAAGGUCUGGGCUGAGAUGAAGAGAGUAGUUAUAUCUAGGAUAAAACUCUCCACAGCCUAAAAAAAUCAAGACAGAAAACCUCCCUUCUCUGCUGGACCAGCAGUCUGGGUAUUCAGAUGAAAAUGUCGAUAUACUAUGUAAACCUACAGCAAGAUUAUUUUUAUCAGCUGUUUUAUGUGUAGAUGCUAUAGUGUGAGUUCAUGCGGAAAUAUUGCUAAAAAUUUUUAAAAAUCUAGAUGUUGUGCGUGUGUGUGUGUGUGUGUGUGUGUGUGUAUGUAUGUGUGUCUGUGCGUGUGUGUGAACGGCAGUGUUUCAUUUGGAGUCUGUCCCUAAGGGAGCCCAUGUGGAAUGCACUCCUGCUGUCAGUGCAAUGCUGGUCAGCUGCCUGCAGACUGAGCAGGAUGCUGCACUUGAAAGAAAAGAUCUGCUAUUUUGUUUCUAUCCAUGAAUUUUGCUGUAAUUGGUUAUGCCAGAUAAGAUGUCACAAUACCACUGGUUAAAAAUAAAAUUUAUUUUUCAGAUUUA